CCAUUCUGGAUUACCCAGGUGGGCCCUAAAUCCAAUGACAGGUGUCCUUAUAGCAGACAGAAGAGGAGAAGACGCACACAGAGCAGAAGGUCACGUGAAGACGCAGGCCGAGGUCAGAGCGAUGCAGCCACAAGCCACGGAAGGCCCAGAGCCACGGGAAGCUGAAAGAGACGACCGAGUACUCUCCCCUGGAGCCUUCGGAGGGAGCACAGCCCUGCUGCCUUCGAGAACUGCGAGAGAAUAAACUCCUUUUAUUAGCCACCCAGUUUGUGGCACUUUGUGAUGGCAGCCCCAGAAACGAGUCCGGGCGACAGCAGCAGACCGAGGAGCCAUAGCAGAGACGGUGAGGCCCUGCAAACCUCAAACAUUUACUCUCUGGCCCUGGACAAAAACGUUUGCUGACCUCUGACCUAGAGCACUGCCCUUCUUUGCAUGGUUGAAGGUAGCACCCAUGCACCAUAUCUACCAGGAAAAAAGAACAAGUCACCCUGGGAGCGGCACCCCCACUGUCUAGGCGGGGAGUUUGAAGCAAAGUGAGACCAAGAGAUUUAUCCAAACCUGGGGGCCGCCUGUUGUUUAUGAAUGCCAAAACACCCCGCCCCUCCUUCCAGCACAGCACCCCAACUUUCCUUGGGGGACACCCUCUCAUGGUUUGGGCAGGACUCACCCCACCUCCCGGUUCAGCGCUGGGUAUCCAACGUAUUAGUCCGCUUGGGCCGCGUAUUCCAAAUACUGUAGGCUCGUAGGCUUAAACAACUGACAUUUAUUUCUCCCAGUCUGGAGGCCAGAAGUCCAAGAUCAAGGUCUGGCAGGGUCCAGCUUCCGGGGAGGGCUCUCUUCCCGGCCUGCAGAUGGUCACCUUCAGGCUGUGUCCUCAUAAAGACUUCCCUCGGUGCAUGCGCAUGGAGAUCUCUCUCUCCCUUCCUCUUCUUCUAAGGACACUUAGCGCCUGGGUUGCUGCUCCUGGAUCCUGCUGUAGGAUCCCCUGGCCGGCUCCGCUAACAUGAGACACCUUCUUUCUGUGCUGUGUUUCUGGUCUCUGAGCUGAUGGUGACAGAGACGGGAUCUGAGAGCAGGUCUGCUGAGCUCUGAGAGGCCCAACCCGGGACUUCCUGGGUGUAAUCUCAGUGCUUAACCCAGGAGCAUCCUCUGAGUCCUGAUUCCCAGAUGCCAGCUGGGUUCGACACAUUUAAUGCCUUCACCCUUGCUCUCCUUAACCGGCUGUGGGGGAAGGGAAGGUGCACUGGGAGUAAAUAAAUAAUUACUUAAAUCAAUCCAGAUAAUUAAAUACGCCCAGAUUAUUUCAGGGAGUGCUCCCUGUUAUGAAAUAAAGCAAGCUUCCCCUGACUGAGGUCCCAGUGUAGGUCCCCACAAAGGACACAGGCGAAUUCCCAGCAGUUGAGGAAGGGACUUCCUGGUCCCCAUCCCCCAGUCCUGCCCUCUGGCUUCUCUGGAGCUGGAUGCCUGCGGUCAAGUCGCAGCUCUGUUAAAGCUGUGUCACCUCGGGCAAGUGGCUGAACUUGCCUGGGCCCAGUUUCCACAUCGGAAAAACGGGGAAAAUAACAGCAUCCAUUUCAGAGGACUGACAUGAGGAGUGAGCGAAUCUGUGUAACGUGGGGAGCACAGUCCUGGCACACUGUGAGUCCUGUAUCACUAUUCUUCUUCCCAAGGCUGGGUCCUCCUCAUUCAGAUCUCAGACCACGGUCCCCCAAAGGCAGCCUCCAGCUCCCACGGCAGCCCCACCUGCUCACUUCCUCAGACCACCUUUGUGUCUUCCUGAGCAUUCUCUGCUAUGGGAUCCUUUCUGUUUGGUUUCCUCUUUUUAAAAAAGGCUGCAAGCUUUCCGAAGGGCAGAAACCUUGUCUGUUUUCUCGGCUGCUAUUCCCCAGCACCGAGCUUCCUGCUCGGCACACAGUAGGUGCCCAGGAAGCAGUGGUUUGAGUGAAGGACGGCGGUACCCCGGCAGGGGCCUGCUUCGUCCCAAGGCCUGCCACGCCACCACCACCAGCCACCACGACUUGCUGGGGGGGCGGGGGAGCAGGCUCGGGGCGAGCUGUCUUCCCCUUCUUUCACCUUCCCAGCGUCACUUUAUGGGCGCACAACUCCAGAACCUUCCCGGCCCAGGCCACCGCCCCACAAUCAGGGCCUUCCCGGUUCUGCCUUCGGGGAGAGAGGAUGGGGGUGGCCCGCGGAGGCCAGUUUCAAGCGCGUCCUGAAGUCCCUCCCGCCGCCCCGCGUCGCUUUAAGGCGGAGGCCCGGGAGGGGGCCGGCCCGCGCGCCGCUCCAGCCUUCGGCAUUUCCUCCUCGCCAGCUGGCGCGGCCUCGCCUCCCCUCGGAAGAGGAAACUCCCGGCGCCCGAGUAACGGGAACCGGCGCGCAGGGGAGCGGCGGGCGACCCCGCGGGCCAGGAGAGCCGGCCAGGGUAGGAGGCGAGCCGGAUCGGGCCAGCAGCUGGGCGCGGGCCGCGCGCCGGGGCGCCGGGCGGGGAGGGCCGCCGGGCAGGACACAGCGCGCGGCGGGCUAGGGCGCGGCCCCGGGCCCGGGAGGGCAAGGCGCGCCGCCGCUGCAAGGAACCCUUGAGCCGGGAGAAGAGGCCGAGCUGGAGGGCGGCUUCCCCCAGCCCUGCGAGGGGGGAGCCGCCGCGGAGGCGCAGGCGAGCGGGCCAGCGGGGCUGCCCGGGCGCUGCGCGCAUGCCGGUCCGGGGGCGCCGCCGGGGCUCGCGCCCUGGGCUUCUCGGCCGCCGCGGCCCCAGGCACCCGGCAUGUCGGUGCACUACACCCUCAAUCUGCGCGUCUUCUGGCCCCUGGUGACCGGCCUGUGCACCGCCCUCGUGUGCCUCUACCAUGUCCUGCGGGGAAGCGGGGGCGCCCGGGCCGAGCCCCUCGACGGCGCCGACGGCGGCUUCCCGCUGCUCAAGGUGGCGAUCCUACUCCUCCUCGGCUACAUCCUCCUGCGCUGUCGCCACGCUGUCCGGCAGCGCUUCCUGCCCGGGUCUCCGCGCCUGGGGAGGCACACCGCCUUCUCUCCGAGACACUUCCGAGAGCCGAGCCUCGCCAUCUUGCUGGAGAGUUACUACGAGCACGAAGUGCGCCUGUCUCCGCACGUGCUGGGCCACAGCAAGGCGCACGUAAGCCGGAUCGUGGGCGAGCUGGUGCGGGCUGGUCGCGCCCGAGGGUCCCCAGGUCCCAUCCCCGGAGGAGCGCUGGCCCUGGCUUUCCGCGGAGACUUCAUCCAGGUGGGCAGCGCCUACGAGCAGCAUAAAAUCCGCCGGCCCGACGGCUUCGACGUGCUGGUGCCGCUGCGCCUCCCGCCGCUGGUGGCGCUGGAGCCGCGGGGCCUGGGCGCCGAGCCCGGGCUGUCCCCAGGCUUCCACGGCUGCUUCGUGUGCGCACUCAAGGCGCCGCCGGGGGCGUCGGGGGCCCACUGGCUCCGGGACUGCAAACCCUUCGCCGACGGCUUCUGCGUGGACGUGCGUGGGCGGCGCCACCUCUCGGCCGCGCUGGUGCUGCGCUGGUUCCAGUCGCACUUGCAGCGCUCCCUGGCCACCGUGCGCUACAGCCUGGAGGAGCGUUGUCGCGUCAGCCUGACCCCGGGUGGCCUGGAACAGCCUCCCACCCUGCAUAUCCUACCCUGCCGCACCGAUUACGGCUGCUGCCGCCUUUCCAUGGCCGUGCGUCUCAUCCCCGCUGUCCAUUUGGGCGACAGUGUCUUCCUCGUGGCACCACCACCACCACCCUCGCCCUUCGGGCCCCUUUCGGAGCUCCCAGGAGGCCUGCGUGCCGAGGCACUGUGGGGCGUGAACACAGCGCGCCAGGAGCAGAAGCUGCUGAGCUGGCUGCAGGAACGGGCCCCUCCAGGUGCCUGCUACCUCAAGUGCCUGCAGUUACUUAAAGCUCUGCGCGACCUAGGCGCCCGUGGCCUGGACCCCAUGGCUGCCACCCAGUGGGGACGCAUCCUCUCCUCUUACGUGCUCAAGACAGCGCUGCUGGCGGUGCUGCUGCGCAAGGGGGCUGCGGCGCAAGGCUGGGACGAGGCGCACCUGGUUGAGCGCCUGGAAGAGUUGGUGCAGUUCCUUAGGGACUGCCUGCUGCGACGCCAUACACUCUUCCACUGCGUCCUGGGCCCUGGCGGGGCGGCCGUGGAGGUGGGCCCACUGCCCAAGGUCCUGCGUGAAGCAGCCCCAGUUGACCUCCUGGCUGUUUUCGACAGGCACGCCCGGGAGCUCGCAGCGGCACGCUUGCUGUCCACGUGGCGAAGGCUGCCCCAGCUUCUCCGGGCCUAUGGGGGUCCCCGCUACCUUGCCAGGUGCCCCCCACCAGGGAGUCAGCGUACCCAGGGGUUCCCUGAAGACGAACCAUAAACCGUGACAGCGCCCCCACCUGGCCUAAUGUCCUAAAGCUUCUCCCACCGGGUGGGGGUGGGGAUGGCAAUGAAGCCAGUUGAAUGCAAGGAAGAUAAACUGCAGGUGUUGGAAAAUUCAGAAGAUGGUAUUUGGUGCUUAAAUGGCACCCUGGCUCCACAAUUCAAUAUAGUUAUGGCGUCUUCUUCACGCCCACCAGGGGGUCCUGGGCAGGCUACAGAAAAACAGCCAAGGGCAGCAGCUAAGAGUUGGUCCAAAUGUUGGUUUGUGUAGAAUGAUUCUGGAUUCUGCUUUUAGGGAAGUCCAGUAAAGGAAGCAAGAACUAGCUGCAGAGAAAGUGCCCCAUGUCGGUUUUUAAGACACAGAUCUCGCUGGCCCCAAAUCUGAAGAAGGGAAUGUGUUUUCAGGUAACUUCUUGCUAGGUCCUGGGUUCCUGAUGGUCUUUACAAAAAUCUGAAUCUUAAUCUACAACUGGAAUUGAAGUUCUAUUCUGGGGGCGAAUGAUCUGAGAAACACAGUUUCCAUUAUUCAAAUUAACAUUAAUUCACUGGAGUCGUUGGAAUUUUUAAAUGGUGCAAUCACGGGGGUUUGACAGGUCCCCGAAGAAUUAAAUCACAUGUGUGGAGAGGCAGUCAAGAGUCAGUUAGAGAAACUUCCAGAGCAGAUAGCACCUUGUUUUGACCAAUUCUUUUGUAUUGUGAUAAUUGCUAGUGCCAAAUGUUGCAUCUGAAAGGGAGGCUGGGUACAUUUCCUAUUAGGAAAUGUGCAGUGAAAAAUAGGCUGGCUUAACAUCCCCGCAGGCGCACGCCGGGCCGUGUACCAGUCAACGCCCGUUCAUUGAGCACCUCCUGUGAGCCAGGCGCAGCGCAGAGCAGCAAUAGAUACCUAAGACAACACUGGUGAGGGCCUAAAACAUGUCGGGUCUGGAGAAAGAUGUGUUUCAGUCUUUGCCGAUCAAGGGGUCUCGCCAGGGCUGGCUGUGGCUGGAGACAGAAACCCUUUUUGUUUUAAGGCUUUUUAGCAAACUCCUUCGCAUGGAGAUUUCUUUCUGAGUUGAAGGAGAUAAUGGAAAGGAGCUACUGCUGCUGUGCCUAGCAUGUCGUUGGCUCUCUCAGUCAAUGCUCAGUGAUGGUUAGUUUUUCUCCCAUUGCCCAAGCGGCCUGCAAGUGGUCCUCAGGCCAGCUUUGAGGAGCGGUUGAUUUGGCACAGGACUUGCAAAGCAUUUCACUUAGAGUUCAGCGGCUUGGGCUCUGUGCCUGAAUAUCAGUUACUCCCCAAUCGAGGGAGAUGGCCCUUGGCAGCGGUCUGCUCUUUUUUCUCUUUGGGCAUAAAUAUGACCAGGUUGGGUGUAUUUAGCACCUGGAAGGAGCCCAUCCUGAAAUCCACUCCUUGUCCUCCCAAAUUUCUAACAGCCCUCCUUUGCAUCAGUUGACUUAAAACUCAGUUUAGGUUUAUAAAGGUCCACCAUCUGCUGGCCUAAUAGAAAAUGCAGCCAUCCCAGUGUUAUCCUUCGGAAUUUUUUUUUUUUUUUUUUUUUGGUGAGGAAGAUGGGCCCUGAGCUAGUAUCUGUGCCAAUCCUCCUCUAUUUUGUAUGUGGGAUGUCACCACAGCAGGGCUUGAUGAGUGGUAUGUAGAUCUGCUCCUGGGAUCUGAACUCCCAAACCCUGGGCUGCAGAAGUGGGGCGUCCGAACUUAACCACUCCGCCACCAGGCCAGCCCCUGGGAUUUUUGUCUUUCUUAAUAAAGACAUGCACUUCCUUAGGCUCUUAAAGGUAAAACUUGGAAGACAGAAGUAGCCACCUGAAUAGGGCCAUUGUUUCAUUUCUGAGCUCUUUAGAGGGAACUCUUCCAACCCUUUUUAGGGGACCAACUUGGCCACUGCAGGAAAUCACUGUAAAUAAACGAUUUCUAGAGAAUCCUUCUCAUUGGGGCUGCAAAGACUUUUUCUACCCCUCGCAACCUUGGACUGUAAGAAACAGUUGCAAAUGUCAUACUGUCUCUUUGAGGUUGUUUUGGGGCCAGUUCCCCUGGAUACCACAAAGGUCGCUCUAAGCUUUGCAGGUCAGUGAGGUCAUAGGUACUGCUUUUAGCAAAGGAUUAGUCUAGCAGCUUCCUGCAAAGACAGAAACUGCACAGUGUUUUUAAAAAUUACCUUUUAAAAUAAAUGCCACAACUAAGUAGUCUUUAUAUAUAUAUAUAUAUACAUAUUUAUAAUGUUUUCAUGCUCAGCCACAAUUUCUCCUGUAGUCCUUAAUUCUCCUGGAUCAGGGGAGUUAAAAGCUAAGUGUUCCAGAUAUUUCUAGCCGAGUUGAUAGGUUCCUUCUCUUUUGUAUCUUACUAGCAUUUUGAAGUUUAAAUCUGGUAACAUACUGUUCUUGUAGUUUUUUUUGUUGUGUAUUUCUUUCAGGUUAAUUACCCAAAGCCUCAUCCAUCCUCAAGAUUUUUAAAUUUUAUUAUUAUUUUUUAAAGUAACGGGGCAUUGUGUUUGUGAGUUUUUAAAAUAUUCAUGUUUUAUUUAAAUGCCAUGCUGAGCAAUUGUUCUCUGUCCAUGGUAACCAAAUCAGAGCUUUCGAUCAAUUUUGAUCAAUGUUUAAUAAUCCCAGACAUGUACUGUGUACAAAUGCAAUAAUAGGCCUUAUUAGCCAGGUGUGAUGGUUGCCCGAGGCACUUAAUUACACUCACUUCUGUGUUUUAUUAGGGCUCCGUCAUGUCCUUGAUCUGAAACGUACACGUUUUUGGUGUGUAUUUGGUACUGGAGAUUCAUAUAUGCAAAUAUUCUCAUACAAGAAGGUUCAAAAUUGAUCAUGUUAAAAAAAAAAAGAUUAAUUGUCCAGCCAGUGUCCAAAGGAUAUGUGUUGGCGGACAGGACUCAGCCAUUUUGCCACGAGACACCGUUCGGGGUCUGACCAGUCCUAGGAGCCAUCCUGGAAUGCUGGAGGGGCUGGGAGAAGGGGUUAUUUCUUUGCAAAAUGAAACUGAAGCUGAGAGAAGGGAGAAUUCAAGCGAACCAAGAGAAAGCAGAAGAAUUCAGGAAGAAGGACUUAAGUGAAAGGAAGAGAUGGGGAGAAGGGGAGACGGGUUGGAAAUCAUGUGAGGGUGUGAGAGAGGUUUGGGUGAGGAAACACACUUUUAGGUAUGUGCUAUUCUAAACCAGGGGUCGCAAACUCAGCAGCCUGCAGAAGCAAGUUAGGAAGAUAAAUAAGGGAAGGGGGGUGGGGGGGGGGUAGUGGAGACUACGCCUUUUAUAAGGGGCGGCCGUCACGGCUCAGCUCCAUGCAGGGAAAAAUGGGUAGAGAGGGGCUGGAAAUCAUGAUUUUUUUUUAAAAAAGUGAAACUUCCUUAUUUUUAAACAGAAUAACUUAAAACUGUCCAAAACACCAUGUGGGCCAAAGAAAACAUUUGGUUGAGCCUGGGGGCCACCAGUUUGCGACCCCUGCCUUACACAGUUAAGCCCCCAAGUAUGGAUAAGGUUCUGUUUAUCAUUAUGGGUAUGAUGUUAUACUUCGUUGGGGGUGUGAUAUUUCAAGUCUAUCUCUCAGAGCUAAGCUUUAUUAUAGAAACAAACCAAAAAAAAAUUAACAUGGCCACAGAUAACACUUAACUUGCAAUUCCCAGAAGGACCCAGGAUCCUGGAGCCUCUUUUCGAGUCAGAUCCUCUGUCGAACCGCUGGGGGCCGGUUCUUGGCAUUUCCUGAGUGAGUCAAGGCCAAACCCCUUUGUUCCGUCGGAGCUUUCAGAUGAGUAAUCAGGAAGGAUUGCAGAAUAACUUGUUUCUUUUUUAUUUGCAUUUUAUUCUUAUUUUUAAAUUAAUUAUUAGGUUUUUGAUGGUAUCCUAGCCUGUGGCUUGGCAAUGAUGGUUGGUGGCCGUAAACACCAGAAAAACAGUGCUGGGUCUUCCGGCCAAGCUCUUUAGGCUUGUCACCCUUCCCACUGCCGAGAAGACUGUUCUGAUCAGAGGUCUCUAUCGCUUUCUGACUCGGUGGCUCCCACUGAAAUUGACAUCCCCGAAUUCUGAAGGCAUUAACUGAAAAUACUCCCAAAGCAUCUCUUCGAACCUCAUGGAGUAAGUCCCUUUUUCUGUAAAAUGUGGCUUUCAACCUUGAGGAUGAAGACUUAUGCUUAUCCACGUGGAGGAAGGCUGUUACCUCCCUCCCAGGGGUGGGGGGAAAUGAGCCUCCUUAACAUUUCCAGUGUCCCCUCCAGAGGGAAAAAGAAGUUCAGUGUUAUCAUCUUGGCAUUUGUUAAUUUUUUUAAAAAAUCACAUGUGUUACUUAGACACUACUGUUUAUGUUUUUAUACCUACAUAGCACAUGAUUUGGUGGGGAUAAAGCAAGUAUAAAUUGGGGAGGGAGAAAGAUAUAUGCCAUCUUCUAUACGGAGAGAACAGACCAAAACGUGCAGCUAAAUGAUAGCUAGUCUGGUUUUUGAAAUAUCAGAUAUGCAGGAAUAUUUUUAGCACCUUUUGCUUUAAAAAAAAAAAAAAGUGCCUUGAUUCAGUCACUUGACUUUAAAACAUUCCUCUUAUUUUAUUGUUAUUUUUCAUGUGUAUUCUGACCCCAAACGGCGUGUUAGGGCGCAGUCUGUCGGCUGCAGCCACAGCAUAUUUUGUUCCAAUAACAGAGACCAAAGAGUUGAUCAGAUAUAAUUCAGCUGCUACAGUUGUGUGAUUAAAAAGCGUUUUAAUCGCCAAAUUUCCGUGGCCCAAACAGUCGAGGCCUGAGAUUUGUUUUCUAUUUCAGGUUGGAGUAAAUUUGCACUUUUAAUCAUAUGGGUCAUUGGGGGGCCUUGUUCUUUUUAUACUUUGCUUUGUCAAUAAAGGAACUUAUAGAAA